AUGUUUUCUUCCGCCAUUUCUAAAAUGCUGGGUAGCUACACCACGAAGAAUCCGCCAAGUGAUACAGGUGAUACGAAGCCGCAAACUCCGUCAAUAAAGUCCAAAUUUCAAAACGAUGCCGCAAAAUCGAGAAAUCAAAGUCCCGACCCGAAGUCAAGAUCUCAGAGUCCGAGUUUCAAAUCAAAAUCUCAAACUCCAGGCAUGAAGACGCCAUCGUUUCGUGAGUCAAAAUCAAAGAGCAUGCCUGAUGCAUUAUUAGGACUUGAAACUUUUACACAGAAAGAAACAGUGAACCCAAAUGAGAAGAAUACACAAACUAGAGACGACGAGUGGUUAGAUUUUACAACAGAACCAUCAGACGAACCUGGUAAAAUGAACACGGGAGUAAAUGUAAAGCCAAAAACUACAGAUGUAUCCACAGAUACGACUGAGGACGCGGAUGGUUGUGACGACUAUGGGAUCGGUGGCUUCAGUCAAAAAAGUAGCUAUACUAGAAGCGCAAGUGGCACAGAAUUCCGCUACAGACAUCGUGAACUGGGGGGAAAUCAUCGCUGCCUGAAUAGCUACAGUUGUGGGUAUUUGCAUCCAUUUGAUACCAGGUAUCAAGGUUUCUUCACGCAGACAGACAGGUACAGCGAAGUGGUCAGACCAUUGAGGCAUAGCACUUACCCAUCCAGUUCCGAAUGCUGCUCCAGGCGUUUAUGA